CUGGUAAAGAGCACUCAUGGCUCACUGAGCUCAAACGGACCUGACUUGCACGAUUCAUUCGUAAAGUAGAAGGUGGGAAUCUAGUCUCGAUCUCGCGAUUCGACAUCUCCAAGUCGUGUAGACGGCUUGUUUAGAUUCUGUAAUUUCUUGAAUUCGGGGUGCCUACCUGUCCAACCACAGACGGGGUCUCGGAGCACUCGCCGCCGCCAGCUCUGGGACCCGAAUCAGUCGCCGACUCUGACACGUCGUCGACGGGAUUAGUGAUGAUGAGCAAGCCGAUACCCCACGAUUCAACGCCGCCCUUUAGCCUGGUCACCGGGCUCGUUCCCGUCGUCAACACAGGGCUCAGCGAGAGUCAUCCAUCACCUAUAUCUCUAGGGCUAAAUCGCAUCUUGUUUCAUUUCGAUGCGCAACUCUUGACAUGCGACGGACGAACCCCCGCAAACCGGGGCGCCGAUCGGUCGGGUUCCCUUCCAGGACGGUGCCAGCGUUGGAGGCCCUGCAGCCUCGUCCGGAUCCUCGGCGCGUGCCGCCCGACGAAUUUUCGAUAGUCUUGUCUUUGUUUGCUGGUCUCCUUGGAGAUGUCUUGAACCCGGGGGUUUGACGACCAAUGAAGGAGAUCCCGAAGGAUUCGUGGCCGGGGAAGUCGUCGGAAAUAUCUACUCCGCCGCAUGGCAAUUUAGCCGCCAUCGCGUCGAGGCAUUCUAGGCCUCUUCCCCGCGAUCCUUUGAGGGGGCCUUGCAGAAAAUGGCGGCCGACCGGUGAGCCUAGGCCUUGGUGACAGCUCCGGUUAAGGUGGUAUGCUGCUAGGCGGGCCGUUAUCCUCCCGAACCGUUGGGCAUAUGUUCUAGAAGCGGACGUGAUGCCAUGAUGCCAUGAUGUAAUGGUAUAUAUAUUAGCCAUCACGGCAACGGAUUGGCCUCUCCCACCACGGCUAUCUGUGCUCAAGGUCACUAGUUGCAGUAGAGACCAUGGCAGGGCUACGCAAGGUCGCCGCCGCUGGUGUGGUUCUCGGCUGGGCGGUCGCCGCCGUCUGUGUCCCCAAAGAUGAAUUUUACGGAGGCGGCGUCACUAUUCUGACAGACAACGAUCUGAGCAACAGUCCUAAGAAAGGCUCGGCCGCGCUGCUGCUCCACAAGCUCACGGCAUACGACGACGCCGACAAGGCCUGCAAGCUCCUGGGCGAGUCGCUUUGGAGCCCCGAGGCCGCCACCUUCGCCGACGGCCUGAACAGCUCGCUCUCCUACCAGGUUCACCAGGGCGUGUUUCCGCGCGCCCAGCUGUUCUGGGUGUCCUGGGGCGCAGGCGGCGGCGGCGGCGGCGGCGGCUGCAGGGCCGUCGACACGGCGGGCGUCGUCGCGUCCGAUGUCGACUGCGCCGGCAGGCGGCUGCCCGCGCUGUGCACGCAGUCGGCGCCCGUGCUGGACUACCGGUCCAACAACAACCACACCGAAUUCGUCGUCAACCAUGCGGCCGGCGGCGGCGGCCUCGUGUACAAGGGCUUCCGCGACUUCUUCGUGUGGAAGUUCAGGGGCGUGCGCUACGCGGCCACGCCGACGCGGUUCGAGCACGCGAGGCCCUACGUGCCGACGGCCGCCGACCGCGCCGCGCCCGUCCCGGCCCUGGACGCCGCCGGCGAGUGCCUGCAGAGGCCCGGGCAGGUGCCCGGCGGCGGCGCCGAGGACUGCCUCUUCAUGAACAUCUGGACGCCCUACCUGCCGCCCUCGCCGGGGGGCCCCGGCAAAAAAGACGACGACGGCACGGACACGCCUGUGCCCCGGCUGAAGCCCGUCAUGUUCUACAUCCACGGCGGCGGCUUCGUCGAGGGCGGGUACACCAAUUUCAACACGGACGGCACCAUGCUCGCGUCGCGCGGCGACGUCGUCGUCGUCGCCCUCAACUACCGCCUCGGCUCGCUAGGCUGGCUCGCCUUCGCCGACGGCGUCCACCGCGGCAACUACGGCCUCAGCGACAUCAUCCAGGGCCUCCACUGGGUGCGCGACAACAUCCGCCACUUUGGCGGCGACCCGGCCCGCGUCACCAUCUUUGGCGAGUCCGCCGGCGGCAUGCUCGUGCGCGCCCUUCUGGCCAGCCCGAAAGCCGCGGGCCUCUUUGUCGCCGCCGCCAUCCAGUCGGGCCCUUCGGGCCGCGCCCCGCCCCCGCUCGGCUCGGCCGCGGGCUACGCGUCGCCGGCGGUCGCGCACGCAUUCCUCGGCGCGCGGCUGCUCGCGCGGCUGGGCUGCGACGCCGACCCGGACCCGGUGGCGUGCAUGCGCCGCCUGGACGGGCGCGCCAUUAUCGACGCGGACCCCGAGGCCAUCCUGACGGUCAACGACGGCGAGUACCUGGUGGCGCCGACGCUGCGGCUCAACGGCAGCGCGCCGUCCUUCGCGUCCGACGUGGUGGUCAUGACGGGCUUCAACCGGGACGAGUCCGGGGUCGACUUCCCGACCGCGCCCGCCGGCGACCUCAGGACCUUGCUCGCCGGCAUGCAGCUGCCGUUCCUGGCCGACGUCGCCGACAAGGUCCUGGCUAGCCCCGAGUUUGGCAUCCCGGCGAACCCGAGCGAGAGGGAGAAGCAGGACGCCGUGGUGCGGGUCGUGACGGACGCCUUGUACGCGUGCUCGGAGCAGGCGACCGUCUACAGCGCCACGCGGCCGGGCCCGUCGGCCGCCUUCAAGGCCGUCUACGCCUACCGCUUCAACCGGACCUACAGCCCGGCCGGGUACACGACGCCGGGGUGCAGCUCCAACGCACCCGAGUUUGAGGAUUACUACAAGUGCCACGCGGGAGAGCAGAUGAUCGUCUUCGGCACCUGGCCCCGCCGCGGCCUGCCCGACCGCGACGGGCGCGACCUCGUCUUCACCCGCGCCGUCGUGGACCAGUGGGCCGCCUUCGCGCGCGCCCUGGACCCGAACCCGGACCGCGCCUACCUGCGCGCCCGGGGCUACUGGUCGACGCUGGCGCGCGUCGAGGCGCAGGAGCCCUGGGCCCGGGCGGAUCUGGCAGCGGGGGGCGGAGAGGAGGAGGACGCGCGGCGCAUCAGGCUGCUGCAGCACCAGAGCCGCAUGGACGGCUACGUCGGGCUCGGCAGGUGCCGCGUGCUGGGCAUGCCGCUGACCUGGCUCGAGUCUCGGUAGUUGGGUUGAAAGAAGGGGGAGAGGACAAGGGUGGGUGAGGGACCAGCCAUCCAAACUCUGACGUGUUGCUUGGGUGGUGCCACAUGCGGCCGGUCUGCUGGCUGUUCUGGCUGGCCGGGGGGCGUCGGCGGCCUCCCUGCACCGCUCUUUGCUGUUCCCCCCCACGCCGUGUCUGGAACACCAUCCAAGACACGCCCAGUCUCGCCCGCCUCUUCGGAUGCCGGCAGUAAUGGGAUCAGCAAUGAUCAACGGUCGCGGUGUAGAGUCGGCAUCCGAUACAGGGUGGGCCGCUUGGGGAACCAGGGCAGGAGUGCACAGCAUCGAUAAGUUCAACAAACGGGCGUAUUUGAACUGAUUAUGGUAUUACUAUUUUUCUCUUUUUGUUCUUCUUUUUCUUUUGCCUCAUAUGAGCGGGCAUAUAUAGAACAUGGAAGCGAUCAAACCCUCCGUGGAACCCCAAAAGCGCCAGGAAUUACGAAGCUGAGACAAAGCCUCACCGACAGGUCAGAAAGAGAUGAAGUAAAGACGAAGAAGGAAAGACCACUGAAGCACAUCAAACCAGAGAAAAAGCCAACAAGGAAAAGAACUGCUAGGAAAGGCUAGCUCCCGGCUGAUACUAGCCUCGACGACUAGGCACCUAGGUCCCUGGAAACCAUCACCUCCUCCGGUUCUGGUCCGUUUUUAGAAAAGUCUCACAGAGGCGCGACGGGGCGGGUGAGGG